AUGGCACCAGCACUACUACCUCAAGAGCUCAUUGAUUCUAUACUUGAUCAUCUUCACGAUGACAUACCCGCAUUACGCCAAUGUGUUCUUGUGUCGCAUUCAUUCCAUGCCGCUACUCAAGGCCACCUGUAUCACCAAGUCGUACUGGUACAUUAUACAUGGUCUCCCCAUAUGCGCAAGCCGUAUACAGGAGCGUGGUAUACUUGCGCCAACUUCUAUCAGUUAAUUUGCCACUCCCCGCAUAUUCCUCCGCUGGUCAAAUCAUUCGUUGUCCAUGACGGUUUGCUGGGGAACGACAGUUACGACCAGACUACCAAAAGGCUCUUUAACAAGAAAUUUCUUCCCCUCAUAUUCCCCUUACUUCCGUGUCCACGUCGCAUCGUUCUCAUGAACAGAUCGGUCCGUCUUGGAAUCAAUAACUUGCCGCGAUCCCUUAAAUCCUCCAUUCGUGACGCUUUUCGUUCUCCACAUAUAACAAUCAUUCAUCUUGACGGUCUAGAGCAGGUAGACCAAGGAUGGCUAUUGUCUCUAUUUGAAGGAUGCCCGUCUUUGAAGCAUCUUACGUUGACCUGGUUUAAUGAGUCUAGAAGACACUCCUUCCCGCUUAGCGAAGAACUUUUGGUCAAACCAAUCAAUACUUCCCCAGCAUUAGAAGCAUUGUCAUUUGCUGAUGAAGUUUCCUUUAUAGUCGACGAAUUAUUCAUGAUGCAGCCUCUUUUCAACAUAUCUCGUCUUCGAAAGUUGUCGAUUCACUCCCGCUCCCGAACCGAUUGUCGAAUCAUCCAAAAAUUGCUCAAUGCGACCCAGGACUGCCUUGAGGAGUUGAUUUUACGUACCCAGGGUUCUUUACCUAGUACACACUUAUUCCUGCCAGUGUUACCGGGACUCGGACCCCAUGCUCAAGCCCUAGAUAUUAGCGGUAACACCAAGCUUCGAACAGUCUAUUUGGUCGUCAAUGCCAAGUAUCCCGACUGGCCCAUGACCAUUCCGUUCAGCACCAUCUUGCAGGGCCUGACAAUAGAGGCUGCCUUCUGGCCCGGCAGGAGUGCCGCCGGGAUAGAGCGUCUUAACUGGUCGUCAUUGGAUGCGUAUGUUAGUCAGAGAAUGCCUUCACUGUGCAAUAUCAACGUGAAGCUUCACGCCGCCAAUAAACAUGCUGAUGACUGCACAAGUCGAGUAUGCACAGGACGAACACGUUCUGGUGAUAAAUGCAUGAUCGAUGCAGUGAAAUACGUUCAUAAACAUCUUCCUACCCUGAACAAUAUGGGUACCUUGCAGAUAGAAGAGACUAGCAAACGUACUACCUGGAGCAUUGAUGACACUUUGUGUUCUUCUGUGUUUUAA